AUGGAAAUAAAACAAGAAGUUAAUGAUGAGACAUGUCAAGCAGAAAUAUAUUAUAACAAUGACGGUCGUUUGGAUAUUUGUAAAAUUGAAAUUAAGGAGGAACCUCUAGAAGAAAGUGUACAUGAUACAUUUGAAAAUGCAGCCUUAAAGAAACUUCCCAUAAUGACUGAAAUAGAACAAGAGGAACAUGAACUUACGUCAUUUAAAGAAAGAGAAACACAUCCAGGUGGUAAGUAUUAG